GUCACAGCAGUAAAACUCCCAGGGUCAGAUUCCUUACACUUCGACGCCAUCCAGCAUAGUGUUCUCAACCUUAAGCCAACUCACAUUUAUAGAACACUUGCUUUCAUGUGAUCCUGGGGUGAAAAGAGGGGCUAUGAGUCGUGAGAGAAGAAGACAGUGGUGAAAAAUUAUAAAAUCAGGAAGAGAGGGUCAUUUCCUUAUUCUUAUUCAUGCUAGAAGAACACUGGUCGCUCAUCUUUUCCCAAUUAAGGAGGGUCUGCUGAGAGAGUCUCAGCCAAUUACGAUGGGGAACGAGAACAGCACCACUGACAACCAGUCAGAGGAUGCUGGCUCAAAUAACACCAUCCUGCUGCCACCAAACCCGGGUGUACCACAGGAGGUGUCCCCACAUCCUACCCCAGAAGCAGCCCAGCCUGCUGGAAAUAGUUUUGAUACAAAGCAGAAACAGGGAAAGAAAACUGGAAGCACCAGUAGCAGCAGUAACUCCCCUGGUGUCUGGCCAACUACAGCUGUGCCCCACGCUGAGACCACGCCGACGUUACUGAGCGAUGCUACCAGCAUCAAUCAUGGAAUCAUCAGCGGCUACACAGUGGAGGGUGCAACUAACUCCAGCUCAUGUGCAGUGUCUUUGGAGGUGAUUGGACAGAGAAAUCUCCUACAAAAAGUAUCUGACUCCUCAUCCCACCCAGCUGAAGGAACACGAGGGAGCAGCAUAUCUUUCUCCAUGCCUUUUGCAGAACAUAUCCAAGAUGUUAUCCAAACAAAUCAGGCCUUGGCCAGCAAAGAUGGGCACGUCCUUAAUGGUAACCUAGGGGAGCCCCUGCCAGAUACUCCAGAGGAAGACCAAGUGGGACUUGCCCCACGGGCAGAUAGUAGUGGGGAGAACAGCCUGGUCACUACAAUUGUUCCUAUUGAUGAUGGGAAAAGUGUACCAGGGGAAGGCUUCAGGGACUCUUCUGAUCACAUUACCUUGUUACAAGGGGAUCCAAGGACACAUUCAAGGAUAUUGGAGCCAUUAAAACCGAUGGCACAGCUGUCUGGAAAUGGUGAUCCACAUGGCAGCUCCUCCUCCCCUGGGAAAGAAGCUGGUGAUUAUGUUACCACUCAAGAGGCCCAGCAAAAUCCAGAGCCCCUGCAAACAAAUCAGAAGGCCCCAGCUGUAACCCAGAGAGGUGAAAAUAACACAGAUGGAGUAGCUGGUCUGCUAUUGAAACAGGAGACCCUCUUACUGCACAACACAGCCCCAAGCACAUCAGAUGGAGAGGAAAGCAAAGUGCUUGUGAAACCUCAGAAUUUGGCUGAUGAUUCCAAAGUCCUCAAUGCCUACUGCCAAGAUGUCAAGGAUGUAGAAGCUGCCCUAGAAACUAAGGCAAAUGAUGCUCCCUUGGAAUACAAUAAGGAGCCAACAGCAACUAAUCUUCCCCUACCAAAUUUACCCCAGAAUCCUGUCCUGGAUCCAAAGAUCAAAGAUCCUUUAAGGGAAUCUGUUACCAUAACUGAUGUUCAAAAUCUCCUUCAGAGUGGGACACAGGAAACAUUAUCUGAUAAACAAGACAUCAAUGCUGAAAGAGAUGGGCUUGAACCUGUAAUUUCCCAAAGAGAGGAAAUAUAUCUGAUUUCCAGUGUGGGUUCAGAGAAUACUCCAGAUCCAGCUGCUACUGUUGCUGAAAUGAGACCCAACUGUUCAGUCACAGAGACUCUGGUUGUUUCAGCUACUGAGGCUCUUCCAGACCCAGAAAAAGGAUAUCCCAUGACAGAUGUAGGAAGAGUAUUGGGGAAUAUAGAUUUAAGGAGAGAGAGCAAACAACCUGAGAUGAGUGCUAAAGAAGAUCCUGUCUGUUUAUCUAAAGGUGAAACAGAAGUUCCCUUUAAUGAAGGAAGAACAGAGAGAAUACAAGGAACAGUCCCUAUUGUGUCUCCAAAUGACUUAGAUAAAAGCAUGGGGGGAAAGCUGGAGUUGAGUAAUGAAGGCCAGGUACUUGUUGAUGCUGAAAAUCAAAAUGGCACUAAAGAAGAAAAUCAAAGAAAUAAUCCUCAAGAAAAUGAAGUUGCUGUACAGGAUACUAAAUCCAUAAAACCUGUGUUUUCAGAGCAGAAGAUCUCACUCGAUUCCAGUGACAGACCCAAUGAGGUAGUGAGUGAAGCAAACUCUGCAAAUUUGGAGCCCAACUUGCUUCAUCAUCCAGCCUCAGAUUGCCCAAAGUUGCCCAAAGAUAGAGAUCUCAUGGAGAUGAAGCAGCCUGAAAGUCAAUCAGCAAACUCAGGAUUAUGCUCCCUGGCCUACAAGAUGACUGAUGGAAACUGUGCUCUUGGUAUGGGUGGUCUACUGCCCGGGAAUUGUGGGGACAGUAAUGUCCAGCACGUUGAGCAAACUGAAGAUAGUGGACAGAUUACUUCUAGAGAAACUAUACUAGAGGUUACAGGGUUAAAACCUGAGCUCCCAGACACUCUUCGAGAUCCUAAAGGAGGGGGAAAAAUGGGAUCCAUUCCUAUGGCAGAACCUGGGAAAUCCACAAUGUACGUAUCUCCAGGAGCUGAUGCUAAUUCUGAAACCCAGGUAGCUGAAAAUAAAAAACAGGAUAACCAGUCAACUAAGAUGCUUUGUAACAAGGAUACUGAGGACCUUCUAGUACCUAUGGCUGAACCUGUAAGUGUUCCUGCAAAUAAUGAAGCUGGACAGAAAUUCAACUCGGAUGUGAAAACUUAUUGUCCUGAUGAGACCUUGAAUAAAAAAAGUGGAGUAGACUCUCAAAGGCCAGUGCAGAGUCAUCAGGGAAAUGGAUCAUCUGCAAGUAACAGCAGCACAAGGAUCACUCUGUUGGGAAACCCUGAACCAUCAGCAGGGACUUGCUUCCAAAAAUCUCACUCGUGUUCAGAAUUUUCUGUCUCAACAAACUCCAAUGAUAACAGCUCUCCCUUUGAAAAUAGGAAAGAGACUUCUCCAGAUGGUAUUGAAGGGACAAAGACCAGUACUGAAGAUAUCCCAAAAAACUUACCACCCACAGAAGUUGAAGAAAACUCGAGCUGUCCUCCUACUUGUAGUGCACAGGAGCCAAGUCCGAUAUCAGAAUUCCAAAAUAUGCAGUAUGGAGAAAGUUUGAAUGGGAUCCAAACUUCAGGUGCGCAUGAUUCUAAGGAAAAAAUUUUGGACAGUCCUUCAACAAAAGAGUUGGAUUCAUCAGCACUAACAAGAGAAAAGUUUCCUCCAGUGAUGGACCAAGAGAAACAGUUCAGUGGUGACCAGUCCUUUGGUAUUUCUUCUCCUUCUGUGGUCAAUUUAAAAGAUUCCUCUCUUCAAGAUAACUCAAAUGUCAAAACAGAAGAAAAUUGUUGCACCGGACAGAUACCUGACAAGCCCCAACAGGAGAAGGAGUGUGCUUUGAUCUCAGACACUCGGCAUGAAGGAACAUGCCAGGAAAAUGGGUUUUCUCAGACAGCUGACAUGUAUGCACAGCUCAGUAGCUUAGGUAAUACAGAAAAUACAAGUGAAAAUGAGGUUGGGGCCCCGCCUUGUCAUGUAAGUGCACCACCAUCCAUUAAGGCUGCUGCUGACAUUCAGCCUGCUCCAUCAACUGACCGACUCCAUAUUACACCUCCGGAUGCCCCAGAGAAGGUGCUUGAUGAAACUUCAAAUAGCAAUCAGCUUCUAUCGGACACACAGGAGAAAACUGAGCUUCCAGCCCCCUCAAACCAGGAAAUUCAAGGGCAUCUGUCACUCAGUAGCAAAAUCAGCCCCCAGGAGGACCAUGUCAAAGAGAAUUUUGAAAGUGUAUCUGCUGAGGGAGGAAAGAACGUUGCCCAAGGAAUCCUGGCUACAUGUCUGGUAUCACACGAGCUCGGAGAAGCUGUUCCAAACAAGGAUUUCCUUCAGCCCGAAUGUAGCCUUAAGGUGGAUGUUGAGCCAGCUCCCAGUGGUGGAGAGAAUGGAGCCACCUUUGUCUCAGGUAGUCUCUGCCAAGCUGGGCAGAAGUCUGGCAGCUUCAAGAAUGACUCAUGGCUCAAAAGUGAAAUAGGUGGAAUUGUCAGUAAUGUCUUGAGUGCUUCAACAUGUCAGACCGACUCAGACAGGCAGCAGCCAGAGCUGCCAACUGCUGGGAUAUCCAGACAGACCGUAGAGGUAGCUCCUGAGAAUCUUAACCUCAAUAUAAACCGUGCUGUUGAAGGAAAAUCAGAAGAUAGCAAGACAAAGACUGAUUCCAUUAAAGAGUCCAGUGUUUCCAGCGAAAGUUCCUGUCCUGAAGGAGAGUCUGUGUUCACUUGUGAGGACUCUGCAAAUUUACAUACAGAUUACCUUUCAUCCAUAUUGAAACCUGCCCAGGUAAGGGAGGAUAUAUCUGCAGUUAAAUCCAACGAGAUCCAAAACGAGAGAAACUCCAACUCCCAGGCAAGAAGUUCUGGGGAAAAUAUUCUGAAAAUGGCGGAGGUCUCAAGAGAGGAUGCCGAGAAAGGUAAUGAGAAGGUAGGAGAUACCUCCAAGAUGCCUAAGGACACACCCCACAGUGAGAACUGCAGUUUGGGACAACCUAGCAUGAUGGCUGGAUUCCCUGAUUUCAAGGCACAUAUCAGCAAAAUAUUUGAGAAAUCUGUCCUUGGUGCAUUGACCGCUGACCGUCCACAGCUUACACUGCAAGAAAAAGAUAGGUUUGAAUGGAGUCCAAUGGGAAAGGACUCUUUGGAGCAACUAAGCACAGAGAAGCAUUUACAUCAUGGUCAAGGAGGAGAUUACAUCAUGAUUUCCACCACUCAUGUUGAACAAGGGGUAGAAACAAAAGGUAAAGAGGAAGAUUUUACUCUAGAGACUGCCUCUUGCCAAACAAACCCAGACAAGUUAACUUGUCAAGAAGGUAUAGCCAUAGAAAAGUCCCCAGGUUUAACUGCUCCUACCCUGAAACAGAGCCUGCUAAAAACCAACUUGGAAAAGGAUGGAAUUGCAUCUGGUGUCUUGCAAAAAGAAAAUAAAACAGAAAAGUCUGAAACAGCUGAUGAGAAAUAUACAGGAUUUACAUUUGAGCAUCAAAAGCUUCAGGGAGAAGGAAAGCAGGGACUGAUUUCAAGCCUCCCUUUUGACAUUUCUGGGCAGAAAAAACCUUUAGAAAAUACCACCCUUUCUAAGAGUGAAGAAUAUUAUAUCAUCUCCCAGAUACAUACAGAGGCACCUUUAUCUCAAGAGGAUCUGACUGCUACAGGGAGCUGGCAGCAAAAAAUACCCUCCAGCAGAAAGGUGCCCAAAGAUGAUGAGCUCUAUGCUUCUAUUGGCACCGAGGAAGUGGACAACACCCCAGAACUUGGACAUUUCCAGGAAAUUUCAUCUCCACCUGGGGACAUUCCAGUCUCUCCUAAUGCAAGCAAUAAGCAGCUCAGUGCUAGCAUGCCAAGGAAUGAAAAGAGGCCCCAAGAUGAUGACAGUUCUCAUGAUGAUUCAAGAACUUUGGAGACCCCAAGAACAGAAAAUGUUAUGGAUUUACCAAACCCCAGUGGAUUAUUAACACACUUUGUGGUUGAUUGCUUCAAACAAGAGUUAGGUUUGCAGGACUUCCAGUUAGGUGUCUUACAAGAACCUGGCCUACUGUUAGAAAAAGUUCCAAAAGCAAAAAGUGAAGUUUCUGUUACUGAAAUAGAGUCGGAAGCUCACUCUUCUGAAGGCCAGCCCUUAAAAGGCAGCCCUGAAACAGGUACUACAAGAAUGGUAGUUAGCCCAGCUUGUGACUCAGCUCUGCAAAUGAGGCUCUCCAAUCAAGGCCCCGAGGCCCAGUGUGGCUUCUUGAAGGCAAUUCUAGGGAUGGAGGAGAAAGAUGCUUCUCAAUGUUUAGAGAAUGAAGCUGGGAACCAACAGACUGACCAAUAUUCUGAGCAUGAAUUCACACCACCUGAAAAUGAGCUCAAGUUACCAGUCUGCUCAACUCCUGAGACAGAUAAAGGACAAGUCCAGAAACCUCAAGAUGUUAUUUCAGAAGAGGGACUCACAGAAAGAAAGAGUUUCAAGCCUGAUCAUUCUCUUCUCCCUCUGGUACCUGAAAAGGAUGCUCUAGAAAAUCUUACUACCAGUUCAACGAAGUCCAACAAGGAUGACAGAGUAGAAAGUUCUCCUGCAUUAGAUGAUGUUCAUUUGACAGCAUCUGUUGAUCAUCCAUCAGGGCAGCCUAUAGUUGGUUCUUCUCCCUGUGAGGUUACGGUCCCAGAUACUGCAGAGCUGACUGCUUCCAGGACCUCUGGGGUAAUAGCAACCUGUGAGAACAUUGUUCCUGCAUCCUCUGAGGACUUACAUUUGGCUCCCACCCCAGCCAAUGAUGCAGAGUUACCAGUUUCUCAAAGCCAAAAUCUGAAGGACUUUAAGAGGAGUUCCGACUCUGAAGAAGCAUUUGAGACUCCGGAAUCAACAACUCCUGUCAAAGCCCCUCCAGCCCCACCACCUCCACCUCCAGAAAUCAUCACAGAACAAGAAAUCAGACCACAGCCACCCCCAGAAGAUCCAGGGCUGUGUUCUGAGACAGUUCCCAUCACAGAUGUGCCGCAGAGUGAGUCAGUGGAAGGAAGCCCUUUCCGUCCUCCAUCACAUUCCUUCUCCACAGUCUUUGAUGAAGACAAACCAAUAGCCAGCAGCGGGACGUACAACUUGGACUUCGAUAACAUUGAGGUGGCAGAUACUUUGCAGACCUUGGAACCAAGCUCCUCAGAUGCCAAGAAUCGGGACUCCAAAGUGAAUGUCCGGAGAAAAUCGACAGAUUCUGUCCCUGUUUCUAAAUCUACCUUAUCCCGCUCUCUCAGUUUGCAAGCUAGUGACUUUGAUGGUGCUGCUGGUGCUUCUCUAGAGAAUAAUGAGGCAGGGGCAGUAGCAGCUGAUGCGUACAGCACGGGUACGACGAGUGCUUCCAGUACCCUUAAGAGAACUAAAAAACCCAGACCCCCUUCCUUAAAAAAGAAGCAGACCACCAAAAAACCUACAGAAACAUCACUGGUAAAGGAAACUCAGCAAGACCCAGUGGAGGAGAGUUCUGUUAUUAGCGAGGAAAACCCAGCAUCUGAAACAAAAACUGAAUUAAGUAAGACGGAAGGUUCAGGCCCAGAAGUGCCUGAAGAAAGCCCACUGGAGACUACUGUUGGAUACAAAGCUACCUAUCCCCUGGACCCUGAUAGUGCCGAGGGAGAUAUUCCACCUAACAUAGGCAGCAGCAAAGUACAGAACUCACCCCCAAUUGGAAAGAAGAAUCUGCCUCUGGACACAGCCCCAGAAGCAGUGGAGGUGACUCCAUCUGACACUGGAGGGCAGGAGAACUCCCCAGCCAAAGCCUCUGUAAGGCUGGAGUUUGACUAUUCUGAAGAUAAAGGAAGUUGGGACGACCAACUAGAAAAUCCCCCUCCUCCCAAAAAGAUAGGUAAAAAGCCAGUGGCCAAGAUGCCGCUAAGGAGGCCAAAGACUAAAAAGACAGUGGAAAAACUUGAUAAUGCUCCUGCCUCACCCACUAAGUCCCCUGUUGACCCUAAUGAGAUCCCCAUCUCCAAAGGCUCCUAUACCUUUGAUAUAGAUAAAUGGGAUGAUCCCAACUUUAACCCCUUUUCUUCCACUACAAAAAUACAAGAGUCUCCCAAACUGCCCCAACAGACAUACAAUUUUGAUGCCGACAUCUGUGAUGACUCCAUUGACCCUUUUAAGACAUCUUCUAAGAUUUCUGGCUCACCUUCUAAGUCCCCAGCUUCUUUUGAGAUCCCAGCCAGUGCUGUUGAGACUAAUGGUGUGGAAGGAGACAACUUAAACAAGCCUGCAAAGAAAAAAAAGACACCGCUAAAGACGAUGGUAGAAGAUGUGAUGUCUGUAUGUUCUCUGUUUGAUACAUUUAGGGUGAAAAAGUCGCCAAAACGGUCUCCUCUGUCUGAUCCACCUUCACAGGAUCCCACUCCACUGCCUACACCAGAAACACCCCCAGUGAUCUCUACUGUGGUGCAUGCAACUGAUGAGGAAAAACUAGCAGUGACCAAUCAGAAAUGGACUUGUAUGACAGUGGAGCUAGAUGCAGACAAGCAAGAUUACCCCCAGCCCUCUGACCUGUCAACUUUUGUAAAUGAGACCAAAUUCAAUUCUCCCACAGAGGGUAAGCAAAUUAAUGGCCAUUUGGACCCCAACCCCAACCUGGAAAAACUUGCUCCAAAAGAGCAAGAGGCAGUGAAGGACCAUAAAGAAAAUCAGAAGCCAGAGCUGGAUUAUCGAAACUCUUAUGAAAUAGAAUAUAUGGAGAAAAUCGGCUCUAACUUACCUCACGAUGAUGGAACCCCGAAGAAACAAUCUUUGUAUCUUAUGUUCGAUGCCCCUCAGGAGAGUCCAGUCAAAUCUCCUCCAGUUCGGUUAUCUGAUUCCCCAACUCCAUGUUCAGGGUCAAGUUUUGAAGAAACAGAAGCUCUGGUGAAUGCUGGCAUGAAAAUCCAGCAUCCGGUCUCACGAGUCCUGGUUCCUAAUCAAGAGACACACUUACAGGCUUCAGAGAAAUCAAAUCAGAAAGAGCCCAUGAACUUAGGAACGACCUCAGAUGCUCUCGAAAGAACAGCUCCUGAAGAUUCCUAUGUCUCUGCUGAAGCUCUCCUCAAUAGGAUAUCUCAUCAAACCUCAAUAUGUGAUGCGCUUGAAUAUCUAGAGCCUGAUUUAGCAGAAAAGAAUCCCCCAAUAUUUGCUCAAAAACUUCAGGAGGAGUUAGAGUUUGCGGUCAUGAGGAUAGAAGCGCUGAAGCUAGCCAGACAGAUUGCCCUGGCUUCUUUCAGCUCCUUAGACACCAAGAGAGAGGCUGCGCUCCCCGCAGAUGUCUCCAUCUCUAAAACUGCCUUGUAUUCUCGCCUUGGGACCUGUGAGUCAGAGAAACCUCCAGCCCUUCUUUAUCAGCAGUCGGAUUUAGAUGCUUCACUGCGAAUCGCUAGAGAAGAGAUUAUCACCAAGGAAAGAGAGGUCUCAGAAUGGAAAGACAAGUAUGAAGAAAGUAGACGAGAAGUAAUGGAAAUGAGGAAAAUAGUGGCAGAGUAUGAAAAGACCAUCGCUCAGAUGAUAGAGGAUGAACAGAGAGAAAAGUCGGUCUCCCAUCAUACUGUCCAGCAGCUGAUUGUGGAGAAGGAACAAGCCUUGGCUGACCUCAACUCGGUGGAAAAAUCUUUGGCCGAUCUUUUUCGGAGAUAUGAAAAAAUGAAAGAGGUCCUGGAGGGGUUCCGUAAGAAUGAAGAAGUGCUAAAGAAAUGUGCUCAGGAGUAUCUAUCCCGUGUGAAAAAAGAGGAACAGAGGUACCAGGCACUCAAAGUACAUGCAGAGGAAAAACUGGACAGAGCUAAUGCUGAGAUUGCCCAAGUCCGAGGAAAAGCUCAGCAGGAACAAGCAGCCUAUCAGGCCAGCCUUCGGAAAGAGCAGUUGAAAGUAGAUGCUCUAGAAAGAACACUGGAACAAAAGAAUAAAGAAAUAGAAGAACUUACCAAGAUUUGUGAUGAACUGAUUGCCAAAAUGGGAAAAAGCUAACUUUGAACCAAAUUUUUGGACUACACUAUUGAGUGCAAUAUGACCAUUGGCACACUGAUGUCCAUACCUUUAUGUGGACAGGUUAUAUUUUCACUUUUUCGUAUGCACUACUGUAUUUUCUUUCUAAAUAAGGUUGAUUUAAUUGUAUGCAGUUCUCAGAAGACUAUCAGAAGUUCUUGCUAUUGUUUGCAUUUUCAUAGUAUAAUUCAUAGCAAGUUGAUCUCAGAGUUCCUGUAUCAGGGAGAUUGUCAAAUUCUCUAAUAAAUGACAAAUUGCUGAUCCUAGCUUAUCCCUUUGUACAUGAGUUCCCAUGUUGGGUGUCUUUUGGAUUUAAUAUGAACACGUAUAACUUUGCAUGGGGACUCUUGCCUUAAGGAGUGUAAACUUGAUCCGCAUUUGCUGAUUUGUUUAAAAAAAAGAAAAGAAAAAGAAAAAUGCAUGUUUCAAAUAAAAUUCUCUAUUGUAAA